AUGGCCACGGUGUCGCCCACACCCGCCGGCCAGGGGAGCCAGUUCACCUCGAUGGGCCGCCGGACAUCGGCUCGCCAGGCCUUGCGGCGCCCACCGUCGCGCUCGCAGAUGAGCGGUGCCGCAUCGGGUACGGCCUCGAAACGGACCUCGAACGCGGCGGCCGCCGGCCCUGCAACAGCGGCAUCCGACUCGCAGCAGCAGUAUGCGGCACUGCACGACAGCUCGGACGACGAGAUGCCAAUUCCCAUGAAGCUGAGCGCCCUCACCAAGGCGCUUCUGAGUGACGGGGCAUCGGCUCCUGAAGGCACGGCUGCAGCAGCGGCAGCGGCAGCAGCACAAGAAGCGGCGGCGGCGGCAGCGGCAGCGUCGUCAACAGGCACCGGUAUGGCGACACGGCGAAGGAGUGCCCUGAACCGUUCAACUUCGUCUGCCGCAGGCGCCGAAACAGACGGCAGCAGCCAGCUCCCGUCACAGAACGACCGUCCAGGCGUGCGGCAGACAAGACGCCAUGUUCGUGCUGGCAGUGUCCAGGCAUCGGGCGGCGUUCCCUCGUCUGCAUCACGGCCGACCUCGCCGCCCGCACUCCUGAGCGGCAACAGCAGUCCUGCACCGCGCAAGCGCGUCGUCCGUCUGAGUACCACGACGCCUGCCGGCGGCAUGGGCCCUGUCCAGCCGCCCAUCCGUCGGUCGCUGUCGGCAUCCAAACACGCAACGCGACGCGGAACCGCCGCCGCGGCUGAGGAGAGGGGCGCUGAGUUGCCUCCUGCAGCUGCGGCUGUCUCGUCAAUCGAUGCCGUCAUGUCGACUGCAGCACCGUCUUCCGCGCCUGCUGAGACCAUCAACACACCUGCAUCGGCCGUUCGUCGUGUGCAGAUCGCCGUCGGCUCGUCAGGCGGCCGGAGCGCCAGCCGUGCCACGCGUCUUUCUACGUCGUCGUCAUCGUCGGCACUCCGGACCACGCGCCGUACCGAGUCGGCUGCUGGGCACCACAGCGACGCGGAGCAGGCCGCGCCGUCCCAUGAGGAGCCUCCAUCUACCGUCGGGCGUCCGUCAUCGCAGCAUCAGCAACAGAUGGGAAGCGCCCUGCGGGCGUACGCGGGCGGCAGUGGUUCGUCGGCCGGCACAACGGCUCGCAGUGGCAGCCGCGACAUCGAUCCCCAGCAGGCCCUCCAGAGCUCCAUGCGUGUCAAGCGUGUGGGCAAAUCCCUGGGCGGUGGAUUCCUGAGUGGCCCUGCGCGGCGGGGCCGGAGACGGACGAGCGACGAGGAGGGCGAGGGCCACAGUCCUGAGGACAUGCUGCAGCCACACCAUGACGGCGACGCGGGCGGCCUGCUCAUGUCGAGCCAAGAGAGCGAGGCAAACGCCAUGUACAGCAGCCAAGGCGCGCACAGCGGCAGCGGCUCCCGGUCGCCGUACUUUGAUCCUUAUGCGCGAGGCGAUCGUGCUGCAACGGGCAGCCCUGUGAGUGGCAGGACAUCGUCUGCCCAGCGUGCAAGCAGUCUUCGCAGCCACGCGUCAAACGUCGAUCUGCAGCAGCAGCAGCAACCGGAGAUGAUGCAAUACGAGCCUGCGCAGCAACACGAGGCACCUGCUCCGCAGCAAGAGCCGGAGCAGCCAGACCUUGACCUUUUGCGCCGGCGAUCAUACCGUGCCGAGGACGUUGCGGCAGCACCACCACCCAAGGCAGCACCACCACCACCUCCGCCUGUGUCGUCGAAUCGGCCCAACUUGCCGUCUGCGCACGACCAAGAAAACGACCUCGCCUACCUGGGCCGCUCGGUCAAGCCUCUGGUUGUGUCCGGUAUUGCCGGCCUUGGCGACAAGGAGUACAACGUGAACCAGAUCCGCCCCCUGCGCGCAGCUCUGCAGCCGGCCGUGGCCGACGUGAAGCUGCCGUCUGUGUCUGCCGCUAAGCCGACCAGCGCCGCCGCACCACCUGUCGUGUCACCCGAGCGCAAGGUUCUCUCGACAAUCAGCCGCAACACGCCGCACCGGUCCGCACCGCCACCGCCACCACCAAAGAUGUCCGUGCUCGAGACGGCAACAGGCGCCCCGGCUGGCGCUGCGGCUACGGCUCAGGCUGGCAAGAAGCCGCGGAUCCUGCUCAAGGUCAACGGCCGCUCGUACCAGCGCGUAGACUGCGUGGGCCGCGGCGGCAGCGGAAAGGUCUACAAAGUGACGGCCGAGAACGGCAAGAUGUUUGCCAUGAAGCGCGUGUCGCUCGAAAAUGCCGACGAGUCGACAAUCCGUGGCUUCAUGGGCGAGAUCGACCUCCUGAAAAAGCUGUCGGGCGUGGACCGUGUGAUUCAGCUGUUUGACUUUGAGAUGAACAAGGAGAAGCAGAUGCUGAGUUUGCUUAUGGAGCUUGGUGAGAUGGACCUCAACUCACUUCUGCGGCUGCGCCAAAACCCCGAGAGCGCCAAGAUGGACCCCGUGUUCGUGCGCUUCUACUGGAAGGAGAUGCUGGAGUGCCUGCAGGCCGUCCAUGUGCACGACAUUGUGCACUCUGACCUGAAGCCGGCCAACUUUGUGCUCGUCCAGGGCCGCCUCAAGCUGAUCGACUUUGGCAUUGCCAACGCCAUCCAGACGGAGAUGACGGUCAAUGUGCACCGCGAGACGCAGGUCGGCACGCCCAGCUACAUGUCGCCCGAGUCGCUGAUGGACGCCCAGCAGUACGCCUUCACAGCGAACCACCACGGCGCCGGCGGCCGGCCCGGCGUGGGCGGCUUCUUGGGCGCCCCCAAGAGCGCCACCAAGCUUGUGAAGCUCGGCAAGCCCAGCGACGUGUGGAGCCUGGGCUGCAUCCUCUACCAAAUGGUGUACGGUCUGCCGCCGUUUGGCCACAUCCAGAACCAGAUGGCCCGCUGCCAGGCUAUCAUCACGUGGACGCACACCAUCGACUUCCCGGCGCGCGGUAUGGGCGGCACGCCGGUGCCGCCGAGCCUGAUCAACACGAUGAAGCGCUGCCUCAACCGCGAGCAGCAGCUGCGCCCGACCUGCGACGAACUGCUGUCGCCCAUGGAUACCUUCCUGUUCCCCGAGGCCCAAUACAUGAGCAUCGGCGGCGGCGCCGAGUGCAUGCCCAUCUCCGAGGAGCUUCUGGGCCGCAUCAUCCAGAGCGUCGUCACCCGCUGUCGCGAGCGCAUGCCCACCGAUGCCGAGGCUGUCUCGGCCUGGCCGGCUGCCUACUGGUCGAGCGUGCGGCGAGCCGUGGCUGCGCGGGAAGAGAAGCAGCAGUAA